GUCGCGAGUUAAAGGCAGCACCCGGCCGGGAGGAGUGUGGGUGACUGUUCUGUUCUCGGGACCGUAGUCGGUGAAACAGCUUUGCGGCCAUGGCAGAACCGCAGCCUGCAUCCAGCGGCCUCAGCGACGAGGCUGCCCUCGGUUGCUGCUCUGACCCGGAUCCCACCACCAAGGAUUUUCUGUUGCAGCAGACCAUGCUACGAAUUAAGGAUCCUAAGAAGUCAUUGGAUUUUUAUACUAGAAUUCUUGGAAUGACGCUACUCCAAAAAUUAGAUUUUCCCACUAUGAAAUUCUCACUCUAUUUCUUGGCUUAUGAGGAAAAGAAUGACAUCCCAAAAGAUAAAGAUGAAAAAAUAGCAUGGGUAUUCUCCAGGAAAGCUACACUUGAACUGACACACAAUUGGGGCACAGAAGAUGAUGAGACCCAGAGUUACCACAGUGGCAACUCAGACCCUCGAGGAUUCGGUCACAUUGGAAUUGCUGUUCCUGAUGUACAUGGUGCUUGUAAAAGAUUUGAAGAACUGGGAGUCAAAUUUGUGAAGAGACCUGACGAUGGUAAAAUGAAAGGCCUGGCAUUUAUUCAAGAUCCCGAUGGCUACUGGAUUGAAAUUUUGAAUCCUAACAAAAUGACAACUAUUAUUUAGUUCUGUGAGAAUACUGCUUUGUGAUUUCAGUGAAGACCUUGUGGGAGGUAAAAAAGGAAAUGGUGUAAUUCAAGAUAGACAACAGAAACAUCUAGGACUGAAGAAUCAUUGUCCCAAUUCAGAUUAUUCUGAAGUCCAUUCCCCUUUUCUAUUUCAGCCUAUGUUUUUCACCUAAUAAUUCAGUCAUUGUGGUUUUAAAGUAGUGCUUUGUCUUAUGUCCUUGAAUGUAAUUAAAUAACUUUACUUUUUUAUGUAAUAAUUAGAACAGUUCCCUUCAGAGGCUGCAUUUGCCUUCUUUCUCCUAUAUAUGAUUUCUGAACAAGUCUGCCUUUGAAUCAUCAUUCUCCAAAAAAAAAAAAAAA